GGAGAGAGGGAGCCAGUGAACCAGAAGGCAGAGUCAGAGCGAGCGAGCAUGGGAGCCGGAAUAGUAAAGCAAGCCUGAUAACUGCAGCAUGAACGGUGAGGAGGAAAGCAGUAGGAGCAAGAGAGACGCCCAGCACUGAAGACUUAGGACCAAUUCCCAGAAUCAAAGGAGACACAACAAGAUAUAGUCAGACUGAAUGAGGAGCAGCUGAGGGAGGAAGCUACAGUGUCCCAACUCCACACACUCUUUCUACCCCAACUGUUUUUUCUGCUUCAGUGCCAGCAUCUGACAGGAGAACACUGGCAUACUCAUUUGCAAAGAUGAAUUCCUGGCUGCUGCUUCUUCUUCUCUGCUGCUUUGCCAACACGGGAAGCUCUGCUGUAUUCACCCAAGAACCAACAGACUUGGUGGUGGUGGCAGGCCAGCCGGUCACUCUGCCCUGUUCCAUCCCUGGCUACCAUGGAAUGGUGCUAUGGCUGCGUGAUGGCAUGGCCUUGGGUGUUAACAGGGAUCUGUCAGGUUACCCACGAUAUGAUAUUGUUGGAGACCACAGUAAAGGAGAAUAUCAUCUUUUGAUCCAAAGAACAGAAAUUCAAGAUGAUGCUUUCUUUGAGUGCCAGGCCAUCCAGGCAGCUAUCAGAUCACGACCUGCUCACCUCACUGUGCUGGUUCCUCCUGAUGACCCUGUGAUAGUGGGGGCCCCAGUGGUGAGUUUACGGGCUGGUGACUACCUUAACCUCACAUGUCAUGCAGACAAUGCCAAACCUGCUGCGUCCAUCAUCUGGAUCCACAACGGUCUAGUCCUGAGUGGAGCCAUAUACUCAAAGACCUUGUUGCGGGAUGGUAAGAGGGAGAGCACAGCCAGCACACUCUACCUAUCCCCCUCCAACAUUGAGUCAGGUCAGCAGAUCACCUGUCGAGCUUCAAACAAAGCAGCCCCCAACGGAAAAGAUGCUUCUGUCACAAUUGACAUUCAGCACCUGCCCAUUGUCAACCUCACCGUUGAGCCUCAGCCUGUUCUAGAGGGAAACCUGGUAAAAUUCCAUUGCGCUACUAAAGCCAACCCACCUGUCAUCUACUACAGAUGGGCCAAAGGAGGUAAUGUGAUUCCUGAUGUAUCUGGUGACACCUAUGAGGUUCUUGUGGAUCACUCUUUCUUCACUGAGCCUGUUUCCUGUGAGGUCACCAACACAUUGGGCAGCACCAACAUCAGCAGGAAUGUGGACGUCUACUUUGGGCCAAGGAUGGGCGCAGAGCCUCAGUCUCUGCAGGUGGAUCUAGGAUCUGAUGCUGUUUUCAAGUGUGCUUGGACAGGAAACCCUUCUCUAACCAUUGUGUGGAUGAAACGUGGCUCAGGAGUGGUGCUUAGCAACAAGAGCACUCUGACUCUGAAAGCAGUAAAGCAGGAGGAUGCUGGGAAGUAUGUGUGUCGGGCUGUUGUACCUAGAGUGGGUGCUGGGGAGAGAGAGGUGUCGCUCACUGUGAAUGGUCCGCCCACUAUCUCUAGCACCCAGACCCAGCAGGUGCUCUAUGGAGAGAAGGGUCAGAUCAAGUGUUUCAUCCGCAGUACCCCUCCUCCCGACCGCAUUGCCUGGUCCUGGAAGGAGACAGUUUUGGAGUCAGGGACAUCUGGACGCUAUACUGUGGAGACGGUCAGUACGGAGGAAGGAGUCAUCUCCACACUGACCAUGAGUAACAUUGUUCCUGCUGACUUCCAGACUAUCUAUAACUGUACAGCAUGGAACAGCUUCGGCUCUGACACUGAGAUCAUACGCCUCAAAGAACAAGAAACUCUGCGACUGGCUGUUAUCAUUGGCGUGGCAGUGGCAGCCUUCCUCGCCCUCUCCGUCCUCCUGGGGACACUUGGUGCUUUCUGCUGCACCAGAUUCCACAGAAAGGAUGUCCAUCUGGUCAUGUCUUCUCUGCCUAUGUCACUUUCGCACCAGAGAGAUGUGAAAACAGAGAAUAUCAAAGGAGUGGUUUCUGCGAAGAAUGACAUUCGGGUGGAGAUUGUCCACAAGGAUCACGAUGCAGCACAGGAGAGCGAGGAGCAUACGAACCUCAAACAGAUAAUGAUUGACCAUGGUGGGUUCCAGCAAGAGGCUGCGCUGAAGCAACUGGAGGUGCUCCGGGAGGAGGAGAAGGAAUUCCAGCACAUUAAGGACCCCACCAACGGCUAUUACAGUGUCAACAGCUUCAACGAGCAUCAUACCACCCCCACCAUGUCCCUGGCCCCCAACCAGACUCCUGACGUAGGCCAAAGCCCACUUGAUGGAAGUAUGACUGUCGGCAAGCAGAGAGUGCCCACUGGCAUGUCCUUCACCAACAUCUACAACACCCUGGGUGCCGGCCCCAACCGCCUGUAUGACUAUAGCCAGCGCUUCGUCCUGGGCAUGGGCAGCAGCUCCAUUGAACUGUGUGAGCGGGAGUUUCAGCGGAGCUCACUCAGCGACUCCAGCUCCUUCAUCGACACUCAGUGUGACAGCAGCGUCAGCAGCUACAGCAAGCAUGAUGGCUACGUGCAGUUUGACAAAGACAGCAAGACAUCAGCCUCGUCCUCCUCUCACUAUUCCCAGUCCUCCUCCCAGAACUCAGACCUCACCAGGCCUCUGCAGAAACGUAUGCAGACCCAUGUCUAAAAGCUCAUGGGGCCUUGACAGAAGGGAUGUUACAAGAAGUCAUCUUACGUACACAGAUGAGCUGUUUUUUCACAGUUUGGUAUUUCAACAGGGGGACCUGACACAGUUUGUACAUGCCAACUUUUGAAGCUAUACACUUUGAUCAAACAGCUGCAAUCAACCUCUCAGUUGUUCUUCAACAAAAAUCAUGACAAUCAUUCAUUAGUGUCUGUUGCAACAACACAGUGAUCUGUAUUUUUUUCACUCCACAGACACAGUGCAGACUGAUUUCUGAUUUUGAUAUUCUCACUAACUAACUACCAUCAGAGAAAAAAAAAUUAAAAGGAUGGGUGAUGUGAGCUGCCCUCUUGAGCACUGAAGGUAUUGUUAAAAUCAGAAAAUAUCUUUUCUUUUGAGCAGCUUGGAGGGGAAGAAAAACAAACAUCUGUUGUGCACUGACAGGAGCUCUGGCACAGUGGUCAGCACUGUCACCUCAAGAAGCAGCAGGAAGGUUCCAGGUUCAAACCCUGGAUCUCUGUGUGUUGUUUACAUGUUCUCCCUGUGUGUGUGUGUGGGUUCUCUCCAGGUUCUCCAGCUUCCUCCCACAGUCCAAACACAUGCAGGUUAACUGGUCACUCUAAAUUAUCUGUAGGAGUGAAUGUGAGUGUGAAUAGCUGUUUGUCUCUGUAUGUCAGUCCUGUGACAGACUGCUGAUCUGUGCAGGAUGUACCCCACCUCUCACCCCUCAGACCCUUAAGGAUAAGACUGUCAGAUGUCACUCAUUUCCUGUAAAUCACUCACCAAAUAUUAAUCCCUAGCUCUGUUAGAAAUGAGCGUCUCUUCUGUAUAACGUGCUGUACAUUGUUUUGACUCUUUAAUGGCUAUUACUUUUCAGACACUGUGAGAAUUUGUUUGCCUUGUGCUGUAUACUUUGUAUGAACUGAUCACAGAAUGGAAGGAAGAAUUGUCAUCUUGUACAAUACACACACACGGGUAACUUUCAGAUGCCUUUGUUCAGUCACCUGCUGCAUUCAGAAAGUGUCAUGUUCUGUUUCCCUCCUGAAAAGGACUGUAAGAUCCUUACAGCUGUAGCAUGAGGUUACUGACAUCUGUGCUUUUCCCUUUCAAUGUGAGACACUUGGGGCUUGUUUGUGUACUGUACCUCUGGGAAGCACUUAGCACUGGAGCUCUGUUAAAGUGAUGCCUGCCAAUUUCAGUGAGCCACAAUGCUAGAGCUAGAGACAAAAUGCUACCAUCAGUUUGAAGCUUGCUGCACUCCAUAAUUAUGAUUUUAAAAGGACAAACAUGUACUACCACAAUUAUCAGCCUGAGAACAUCUAUAAGGAAAUUAAAAUAAGCCCGGGGUGGUUUAAUCAGUCAGAGCAGCCAAACAAUGCAACCGUGCUGCAGCAAGCAUGUGUGAUCCCAUCAAGUCAAGUCAGUUUUAUUUAUAUAGCUCUGAAUCACAACAUAAGUUAUCUCAAGGUACUUUUCAUAUAGAGCAGGUCUAGACCAUUGUCUUUAUGUUAUUAUAUUUACAAGGGGAAACCCAACAGUUUCCACCAUGAGCAGCUCCAGGCGACAGUGGAGAGAGAGGCAGAAACCUGGGUGGAACCAGGCUCGGGGUGCGGGGUGGGGGGUGGGAGGGGCACUGCAGAGGAAGACAAACAAUAUGGUUAAAGAUUGUCUGGGACGAAUGUGAAUAGAGUGAAGCACAAAGAGGUAUGCUGCAUUGCUGCUCAUGUUUUACAAAUGAAUAUACUGGAAUAGCACGGGUUGAUGUAGUAUCAUUACUAACACAGAUGUAAUAGGCUCACUCUUAGUAUUUGAUAAAAUGAAUCUCAUCACUGUCAUGUUUGGCAGUCUGACAGAAGAUUUGGGGAUUUCUGCUGUGAAUAUAUAUUACUGUACAGAGAAAGAUUUUAUGCCAAUAUUGGGUUUUGAUUAAAGAAAACUACAAGAUACCUCAA